CUAUUAAUUGAAAACUGGCGACCCAUUACUUUACUAAAUAAUGACUAUAAGAUACUAGCAUCUAUCUUAGCAAAACGUCUCAAAUCUAAAUUACACACUUUAAUUGACGAUUGCCAAUCUGGUUUCAUGAAAGAGCGUCACAUAGCCAAUAAUAUUCGCUUAGUGCUGGAUCUAAUAGAAUACAAAGACUUUCUAAAAGAUGAACACCUUAUAUUAUUCUUAGACUUUCAAAAAGCGUUUGACACGGUAAGCCACAAAUUUAUUAUUGACUCCUUAAACUUCUUUAAUUUUGGUCAGACUUUUAUUAAUGCUGUGAAAACUCUGUACAUGGGAGGAAACAGCUGUAUUAAAUUGGCGAAUGGAACCUCUCCUAGAUUUUACAUAAAGAAAGGUAUCCGCCAAGGCUGCCCCACAUCGCCUAUUCUAUUUUUAAUUGUAGCUCAAAUUCUAUGUAACCUAAUUCACAAGAGUCCAUUCAAAGGAAUUACACUAAAUGAAAGAGAAAUAAAGAUAUCACAGCUGGCUGACGACACAACAUUGUUUCUAAAAAAUGAAUCCCAAAUAGAAGAUGCACUAAAGGUUGUGAACAAAUUCUCAAAGAGCUCAGGUUUGAAUCUAAAUCUAUCAAAAUGGGAGCUGUUUUCUCUUAAAAAUAAGCACUCGGGUCAAAUUUGCGGGAUAAAUAUAAAGAACUUAGUAACCUAUCUUGGAAUUAAAAUUAGUCAUAAUCACAAUUUAAUAACAGAGAGUAAUCUUUCUUUACUGUACAACUCUAUUAAUAAAAAAAUUUAUUCUUGGCUUACAAGAGAUUUAUCUACAUUUGGCAGGGUUCUGCUUUCUAAAGCAGAAGGUCUCUCAAGAGCAGCAUAUUUAUUUACAUCUAUAGAAAUACCUAAAGUUCACUGUGCUAAUCUAGACAAGCUAAUUUAUAACUUUAUAUGGAGGAAGAAGCCCCAUAAAAUCAGAAAAAACAUCUUGACUAAUAAAAUUGAGGAAGGGGGUUUAUCGGUAAUAAACUUCUCUCUUUUUAAUGAGAUAUUAAAAAUUAACUGGUUUAAAAGAUUCCUGAAAAAUCCAAACAGUCUGUGGAACAUUGUUCCAAACUUCAUCUUUGAAAAACUCGGCAAAAUCACAUUCUUACUUCAGUGCCCGUACUCCAUCAACAGACUGCCAAUCAAACUGUCAAACUUCCAUAAACAGGCUCUAACUUGCUGGUCGCUUUUAUACAAACACAAUUUCUCCCCUCAUAAAUGUUUUAUCUGGAACAAUAUGCACAUCAUACAUAGAAACAAGACUCUCUUUAUAGAAAACUGGUUUAAACAUGAUAUUGUUCUGGUAGCCCAACUGUUAAAUAACUCAAAACAAAUUUUAACAUAUGACGAAUUCACUCAUAAAUUUCACUUCCAUCCUCCAAGAAAAGAAUUUGACGUUGUAACCAGAGCCAUACCCCAUGGGAUCAUCACCCUACUUAGAGACGAGAAAGAUUUGGAUCAAAUGACUGUUUUUGUCUCCAGCAAUAUUUUGAUAAAUGGUUUAUCUUUUCUAGACAGAAGAGUCAACAACAAAGUAAUUAAAAACCUUAUAUGUGCAAACUCUAUCCCUGCCUCCAGGUACAAAUGGUCCCCCCUGUAUGAAAACAUUAACUGGAAUAGAGCGUGGAGUAACCCACAUAAAUUUUUAAUUACAAACAAAGUAAAAGAAAUAACAUUUAAAAUCCUUCACCAUUAUUACCCCUGUAAUGAGCUUAUUUCAAAAUUUAUCCCCACUGUAGAUGUAAAAUGCUCCUUCUGCUCUUUGGACAUAGAAACAUUAGACCAUUUAUUCUAUAGUUGUUCACAUAGCUCUUCUCUGUGGAAUGAUAUGCAAUGCUUUAUUAAUGGUCACUUUGGCUCAAACAUUCUUUUAUCCAGUUUUGACAUUUUCUUUUAUUUCUCUGACUCAAACCCCUCUAUACAAUAUAUAGUCAAUCUAUUUAUUUUGCUUGGUAAAUUCUUCAUCCAUAAAUCAAAAUUUAUGAAGAACAAACCUCUUUUCAGUGUUUUUAAAAUUGACUUAAAAAAUUAUAUAAUCUGCAUCUCUGGAUUAAAGGGUAAAUCAGCAUCAAAAUGUUUACAACAUUUAUCUACUUUAACUUUAUAAUUCAUUUGACUAAUAUUUAUUUUUUGUUACUCUGGCUAUUUACUUUAAUUGUUGUUGUUGAAAUGUGUCUUUUAUGUAUUUUAUUUUAUUUUGACUGUUUUUGUUUUCCCUUCAUGCAAACGUGAACUGUAACUUUCUAAUUUCUGUAAUAAAAAAAA